AUGGUUCCUGUUCAAGAAGGGGAGGAUACACAAAUUGCUGAAGUUUGCUACAUGAGCAAUGGACAAGGUGGAUACCAGAAGGGUUAUUACAACUAUAAGUCCAAUCCAGCCAUGUCUUACAGAAACACUGAUGUAGCAACCCUCAGGAUCAAGUUUACCCUCCACAGCAGCAAACUCGAUCGAGUCAGCCUCCACAACAAGGGACAACUACCUGGAAAGCCUGUUCAGAAUCCAAAGGAGCAUUGUAAAGUAAUCUUUACUCGAGAAGAAGAAUUUGAUCAACAAGCUGCUAAUGAGAAAGCCAUUGAGGAGAUCUGUAUGCUGCUUAAUGAUGAAGACAAUGUUGUUGCUGAUGCUCCUGAAGUCCAAUACUUUCAACAUGAAGUGCAAGCUACUCAAAUAGCUAUUCACACUUCACCAGUUGAGCUCGCACAACAAGUUCGAUCCGCAGCUCGAUCGAGUCCAACCUCAGCAACUCGAUCGAGUCAGACAGUUUCUGUUCCACAACCAGUUUUGCUUGAACCUUACCAGCCAGUUGAUCCAUCUUCAGGCCGCCUACUUAGUCAAGGUCAAAAGGAAGUGAUUCACAAGUUUAGAAGGGAUCUCAGUGAGAUAGGAGUUGAGCUUCCUAGUAUGGGUAGUAUGAAUGAGGCAUUUGAACAAAUGAAGCUGAUUCAAGAUGUUAUGGACAACAAAGACAAAGUGUCUAAGCUCCUGGAGCUUUCUACUGCUCAGCACAACCUCCUAACCUCACCUAUCUUCUUACCAAAGCUGGAGGAUCAAGGAAAGUUCACACUUCCUUAUAAACUUGGACAUUUGGAGUUUGAUGAUGCCUUGGUCGAUUCUGGUGCUAGUGUCAACUUGAUUUCACUUGCAAUGGCACAAAAGCUCAGUAUUCAUGGAGCCUUGCAGCGCUCCAGCUCAACAAUCAUGUUUGCUGAUGCUAUUUCUAAGUCACCUCUUGGUGUGUUCAAGAAUUACCCUUUAAAGCAAAGAAGAGUCAAAAUGGAGCAAAAAGAGUCAAAUCACCAAGUUCCCAAGUCUAGAGCACCAAAUCUACAUUUCUCGCUAAAGACCAAACCGGAGCAUCCGAAGUACGACCGCAUAUUCAUGCCUUCCCGACGUCCAAAAGUCAUGAUUCUUAUAUGGAAAGAUAGAUAUUUGAGUCAUGACCCGCGGCGAAGUGGAAAGAGGUCAUUUGGAUCACUCGUUGGACCGGAACUUAUUUUCUACCAAGACAUGUCCGACGAGCGCCUAAGUAGAGCCCAUGGAGACUUUGAUGGAUCAAGAGGCCCGAGAUACCGCGCCCAAGGCCUUGGCUCAUCUUGA